AUGUUUUCUUCCUCAUCUCGACCUUCAAAAGAGCCAUUACUAUUUGACAUCAGACUAAGAAGCUUGGACAACGAUGUCUUGCUAAUAAAGGGCCCCCCUGAUGAGGCAUCUUCUGUACUACUAUCUGGUACGAUUGUAUUAUCUAUAACUGAGCCAAUUCAAAUCAAAUCUCUGGCCUUGAGACUUUUUGGUAGGUUGAGACUGAAUAUUCCAACAGUUUUGCAAACCGUUCAUGGCCCAUAUAAACGAUACUCAAAAUUUGAGAGAAAUCUGUAUUCUCAUUUUUGGGAUGACUUCAAUAUAAAGAGCUAUUUUCAAAACUUGUAUGAUAAUCAUAAUAAUGGUAAAAUAACUAUUUCUAGUAAAUCCUCAACCAAUUUGGCAGCUUUACCUAAAAGGAAAAGAGCUCUUUCUACUGCAUCAUUAGUAUCGAGUAAUGGGCAAACCAGUACAAAUAAAAACUAUCACACCUUGGUAAAAGGUAACUACGAGUUCCCUUUCAGCGCAAUCAUUCCAGGUUCAUUAGUGGAAAGUGUUGAAGGUCUACCAAAUGCCGCCGUCACUUAUACUCUAGAAGCCACUAUUGAGAGACCUAAACAACCCGACUUAAUCUCUAAAAAACACCUGAGAGUUAUUCGAACAUUAGCUAUAGACGCUGUUGAAUUAUCGGAAACAGUGUCCGUAGAUAACUCGUGGCCUGAAAAAGUUGAUUAUACAAUCUCUAUCCCAACUAAGGCAAUUGCUAUCGGUUCUUCAGCAAUGAUUAAUAUUUUAAUCGUCCCUGUAUUAAAGGGACUAAAGUUAGGUCCAGUUAGAGUUAGCUUAGUGGAAACUUCUCAGUAUUGUGGUAGCUAUGGAGGGGUUAUUAAUCAAGACAGAAUAGUAACCAAGUUGAAACUGAAAGAUCCUUUGAAACAUGUUGCGCAAAUGAAGAAGAAGAGGAGUAUGAACGAAGCUAGCGACGACGGAGUUGACUCAGGUGUUGGGGAAUUCCAAGACAAAUGGGAAGUUCAAACCUUAUUAAAAAUACCUCCAAGCUUGACUAAGUGCUCUCAAGACUGCCGCAUUUUGUCUAAUAUCAAAGUUCGUCACAAGAUUAAAUUUACUAUUAGUUUACUUAAUCCAGAUGGCCAUAUUUCUGAAUUGCGUGCGGCACUACCUGUUCAAUUAUUCAUUUCACCAUUUGUUCCAGUCAAUGUAAAGACCUCCGAUGUUAUUGAGAGAACACUCAGGACGUUUGGUCCGUCAUAUCAAGUUACAAAUCAGAAUGAUAGCUCUUUUAGCAACAGGAGUUUCGUAGAUGACACUGAAGAAGACGUCAUUUUCCAGAGAUCUAUAUCUGCCUUACAACUGUCUUCAAUGCCGACCAUAGUGUCUGGUUCCACUUUGAAUGUCAACGCUGUCGAUGCGGACACUUCGAUAACUACCGAUGCAACUAUGGUGACCAGUUUGAUGAUACCUCCCAACUACGGAAAUCAUGUUUACGACCGCGUAUAUGGUGAAGUUGCUAAUCAAAACGAAAUUUCAACAUCGGCCCCUUCAACCAACAUCGAGGCACAACUUAUUGAUGAUAUUCAAAAUUUGCACAUAUCAGAUAGCAACGAUGCUAACGAUACUGUUUUGGCACCAAAUCCGCAAAUUAGAAUUGAUGGUGAUAGCCUAAAUAGCUGCAACUUUCGGGGAAAUAACGUCACAAGUAGUAGCUUGAAUUUGGUUAAUAACUAUUUAACAGUUAGUGACAGCGGAAAUAGCAGCAGCCCCUCAGGAAAUAGAUUCAACGGCAACAUCAAUGUAGGAUUGAAUAGUCCUUCAUUAACUCCAAGUUUUGCACACUUGUCGAGGAGGAACUCUUACAGUCGCCAAACUUCUUCUACGUCUUUAAAGAACGAUCUGGAACUGACGAAUCUAAGUAGAGUACCCUCAUAUGAUAAAGCGAUAAAAUUUGACAUGAUUGGUGAAGAUUUACCACCUGCUUAUCCAGAAGAAGAGGUCGAUUCACAGGAGAAUAAGAAAUUCGAGCUAGAAAGGCCGCAAAUUCUCCACCACAAAUCUGCGUCGUCGUUAUUACCAUACCCAGGCUCAAGAAAGAGUUCCAAUAACGUGAAAAGUUCGUCUAGUAGGACACGCUUAUCCCACUCUCCAUUACCGAAAAGUAACAAUAGUUCCUCAGUAUCACUGCAGCAACUGACAAGGAGCAACACAGAUAGCUCAUUCAAUUUGAAUCUCUCUUUCUUGCCAACGAAAGGCAAUGCAGGAAGCAGACACUUUCCGUUUAAUAUGACACCAUCGUCGGCUCUUAAUUCGAACAACAAAAACCACUCAUAUUUUGACAAAACUGAGUCUACAUCUGAUGUUACUAAGUCAAAACCUGAAGCAAACCACAUGAAUUCAAGCGGCAACCGCAGAUCACGCUCCUCGUCGGUCAAGAGUAAUAAUAGCAACUCACCAUCAAGACAAGGGACUGGUUCAUUUGCGAACUUAAUGGAGAUGUUUACGAGACGGGAUCGCGCAUAG